AUGCAGUGGUAUGCUCUCGUCGUUACCUUUAUAUUAGUGGUGAGAAAUGGACAAUCAGCAAAAACAAAGAUCAUAGAUAAAAAUGAUGAUAUACGUUCCAUUUCGAGUGGAUCAUCAUUUGGAGAAUGUCUUGGCUAUUGUCGUCGAUCAAUUAAUAUAACAAAUGUUCCGAUUCGAUUAAUCGCAUUAAAAGAAUCAAAUGGAGAUUCAAUAAAAUAUCCAACUAUUCAACGACAAUUCCGUUUCCCUUCGAGUCGAUGGAAAAAACUUACUGCCAUUCUCGAUACACAAAAAUUUCUAAAGUUAGACGAUCGUAUAGGCUGUCCUGAUUGUGCAGAUGGUGGUGCAGAAUGGAUUCAAGUAAAUUGGUCAAAGAAAAGCAAACGUGUAACAUUCGAACAUGGAAAAUUAGUCAAUGGUAUUGAAGAGCUGAUUAAUUAUUUGCGCAUCCUCAGAAAGCAAUAUUUGAAAGAUCUGUGA